CACUAUGCAAGGUAACACAGCGGCUGUCCCGGCAGUGACGGAACCCCUUCUGGGAGGGACAUCAAAUAGUCGAGGGAAGGCGCAGCUGGGCGAGGGCAUCCUUCUGCUUCUCAUAUCGGCACUGGGCUUCUCUACGAUGAGUUGUCUAGCCUCCAUGAGCAGGAGUGCCCCCAUUGCCGAGCCGCAUGGAGGCGGACAACCUACAGGGCUGGGUCAUCAUCAGGGGCGUAUUCGGAGCACUAAGCAACUGGAUACUGUACUAUUCCCUUUCUCAGCUGCCUCUGGCGGACUCCUCUAGUCUGUUCUUCACACAGCCCAUGUUUACUUUAAUUCUAGCUCCAUUGGUGAUUAAUGAGAGUAUUGCUCCUAGGCAGGUUUUGGCUGUGCUGAUGGCAGUCUGUGGGGUUUUCUGUAUUGCUCGUCCAGCAUGGCUCUUCGGCGCGGCAUCAGCUUCUACUACUGCAGUGAUGCAUAAUAUAGAUCCACAGAUACCCAGAUGGCUGGCUGUCAUAGUAUGCCUCAGUGGGAGUUUCGUGGCCUCCCUCGUAUUCAUAACAGUCACUCAUAUUGGCAAAAGAGCACACUGGGCACAGCUUGUGUUCUCGUUUGCUGCCUUCGGUACAGCAGUCGCUAUAAUACCCCUAUGUUUUCAAUGGUCUCCUUUAAGAAUGCCAUCUACCCCUUGGCCCUAUGUCAUGUUAUUCUCGCUUGGCUGCUGUGCCCUGCUAGGCCAGUCUACAUUCAAUCAUGGCAUCCAGUUGUGCCAGUCAGCGGUCACCAGCUCCCUGGUCAGGCAAGUAGACCUGAUCUUUGCCUUCGUUUAUCAGGCUCUUUUUCUCAACCACCCUUUAACGUGGUAUUCUCUAACGGGUGGUUUUUUUGUCCUUUGCGGAGCAUUGGUGGACGCUCUCCCGAAACUGGUCACUGAGCUCAAGUCUAGGGGAUAUAUCGGCGUAGUAAGAUCAAGCCGCAAAGUCGAAAAUGUGUAAUGACUUCCAAAAUGGUUUUUGAGGAGCUUUUGUGGUAUCUGUUCAUAAUCGGCGAUUCAACGUGGGAAGGACGUUGAUAGAGAUUCGUCCGAUUUUACAUCUCAAUGUAGCAGUGGCAGUGCCCUAUUACUUGUGUAAUAUCAUAUUUCA